GAUAGCAUAUCUCGUUCAUUGAACGUGUGUGCGCUGUGCAUGUUUCAGUAAAUAUAAUUUUUUGUUUGCCGAUAGUUAUUUUAUGUGAUAUUUUAACGUCAAGAAAACUUGCAAGCAACGUGGUGUUCAAACAACCAUUUGUGUUGAUGAAUACCUCCAGAUCGUUUUCUGGAUAACAACAAAUGUCGUCCUUGCAGUUUAUUGUGCAUCCAGCUCCUGGAACGGACGAUCAAUUAAAUGACAGAUUUAAAGAAAUUUCUGAACGUCUUAACCGAAACAGUUCGGGGAACGCUUCUUGGCUACCUAGUAUCAAGUCUCCUAUCAAACAAAUAGUAGUUGGACCACACCACAUUGGUUUAUUGUUUGAAGAUGGCAGAGUGGCACGUGUUGCAUUCUCUGUACUUGCAGAUAGGUUGGAUUUGUCCAGAGCCACUGGAGAUUCAAACAAAUUGCCCUCGAAAACUAGCAGCGGAGGUGGUGGCGGUGGUGGUGGUGGUACGGGCGGAGGUGGAAGUUUGAGUUCUGCAACUCGUCACCUAACUAGGCGAGCUCGAAUCAUGAGGUCUGGUACAUUUCGUGGAACUUCAAGGUCUUCCGGAAGUGGUGUAAUAAUGAGUAGCAGCUCAUCAAGUGGACGUCCAGUUAUGCCAGCGCAAUUUGUGCCAGAAGAGCUAGUUGCACAAGCACAGGUUGUGUUACAAGGCAAAAGUCGUAACUUGAUAAUACGGGAAUUGCAACGAACAAAUUUGGAUGUAAAUUUAGCUGUUAACAAUCUUUUAUCCCGCGACGACGAGGAAGGAGACGGAGAAGGUGGUGACGAUGUAGGUGGUCCAGGCGGAGAUUCCUAUGUUCCAGAAGACUUAAUGUCUCUGUUGGAUGGCGGCGGCUUUCAUUCUGAUCAUUCUGUUAUAAUUGAUGCUGAUGCAAUUUUCUCAGAAGAUAUGUUUUCGUAUUCUUCAUCUAGAAGACCCGUAUAUACAUUUCGUAGGAGUGGAGCUAGGCGGUUAGGUGAUCGUGAUCGUGUUAACAACAGCGCUAGUGACAGUACUUCUAAUGAUCGUAAUUUGGGACCGAAUGAUAGAGACAGUUUCACAAGGUGGAGGGAUCGUCAUUGCUAUGGACAACAACAACACAGACAGAGACAACAUCAGUGGUUGGAAGGAGCAUUACGAGAUUCGGCAUGGGACAAAGAUACAGACUCUAAAAAGAAAGAAUCUAACGUUGGAGCUUUUGAAUUUUCUGCAGACUCCAAAAAGAAAGAUAAUAAUAUUGGAAACCCUUUAUGGCUAUCUGACGAAAUAGAAUAUUGGCCUGAACCGUUUGUUAAAUUUGUUCAAAUCGCUGCUAUUCAUUCAGAACUAAUUGCACUUUCAGCUAGUGGACAACUUUAUCAAUGGAAAUGGGAUGAUGCUGACCCGUAUAAAACAUUAGAUAAUAAUGUGCAUCAUCCGAAAACAUGCGCUCUUGGCCUGAACAAUGAAAAAAUAGUUCUUCUCUCCGGGACUAUUAUACGAGUGUCCGUUGUCACAGAAUCAAACAAAGUAGCUACGUGGAUGGACGAAAGUCUUACACACGCUGCUACUGCUGCUAAACUUGAACACCCCGCACAAUUGUAUUCGGAAUUUGUAGUAGACCAUAUAAUUUCUAUUCACACUUGUCCACUCUAUACAUUGGCCCGUUUAGAAAGUGGAGCUCUUUAUUGGUGGGGAGUGUUGCCGUUUAAUCAGAGGCGUAAAAUUUGGGAUAAAUAUCGAACUAAAGCUAGAAAACAAAAAACAAGCAAUUUAAAUUCCGAUAUUAUAGUUGGCAGUCAAGUCUGUAUGAAAAAUAGCCCUCUUUAUCAACCCGGUGCUAUAGGUAUUACAUUAUACGGCGGUGAACCCAAAAUCGGACAACUAUUGAAUUCGGCUUGGACAUAUGCUGAUGUUUGCAGAUUUCAAAUUUUGACUCCUCCACAAAUUUUCCAAGCACAAAAUAUUAACAGUAAUGCUUCUAAAUCUAGCACUCCAGUUGAUAAAAGUAAAGAGACUGCUGACAGAAUUGACAUGCCGCCACCCCCCUCUCCAGCGUCUAGUACAUGCAGUGAUACUGGGAGCACUGUUCAAAGUUCUAAGAGAACUAAAAGAGUGACUAUGAAGGGUCCAGAAGAUGACAAAAAUUUGGAAGAAGAUUGGCCGUUGAAAGAUGUUGUGUUUGUUGAAGAUCAAAAAAGUUUACCUAUUGGCCGGGUUGUUCACGUGGAUGGUUCAUAUGCCGCAGUGAAAUUCCCAUGUGCGUCAAAAGACCUUGUUUCAGGAAUCUUUCCAAAAGAUAAAGAUAGCGCAGCACCGGCUAGUGAUGAUGUCGUGACAAAUAUAAUUAAAAUGUUGGACCAACAUGAAGUUCGAUUAAUGAAGAAAGACGAUUUACAAGUAUGUAAAGUAGCUGUUGCUAGUAAAGUACCUGAUUGUUUUCAAAGAACCCCAAGAAGAAUAAAUAUACCAACUGACAAUGGAAAUCAAAUUUUGACAUUGACAAUUGACGGACAAGGAAUUCAUGCGAUUGUUAAAAACGGCCCUAAAAUAAGUUACGUUAAGUUCAAUGUUACUAGCGGCAAAAUAGAACAAGAUAGUCCGUUCCCAGUUGAUUCUACUGCUUUAAUAGGACUAAGCCCUGACAACAUGCAGAUACUAUGCACUGCUGAGAGUAAAGAUAACAUAUGUAUACUACGUGAUGGUAAUCGAACUAUUUAUCCCUUGGCAAAAGACAGCACUGAUUCAAUGCGAGAACCCCAAUGGCUAGAUUUAGGUCCAGUGCGAUGCAUUGGUAUUGGAUCCCAUACUGUCAUGUCUCCAUACGUUAAAACUACUACCGCCAUAAUAGUUUUAGAUGUUGAACAACAAAUAUUAAUGUCACGAGUAUUAAAGUCAAACUUGGAAUCCGUUAAAUUGUUAGUACAACAGUUGUCUGUUGAAAAUGACAAUGGAGAACUGUUAUCCCAAAUUUUGGCAGAACGUUGCGACGGUAAUAGAAAUCUUUUGCAUGCAUGUGUAUCUGUAUGUGCACCCGUCUCGAAUAAAGAACAUGAUAAUGAAGGAGAAAAUGUAUCCAACCAAUCGAAUGCCAGUGUGGAUACUUUAAAUGUAAUUCAAAAAGCAUUUGGUGUCCGAUCGUCAUUUAGCUUGAGAGAAAUGAUGCGACGCGCAUCAGCUGCUGUUAGAUCAAGUACUACAAAUAAUUCAUCAGAUUCUGAACCAAUGGAAAUGGCUGAAGAUGCUCAGUUACCCUUAAGGGAAGCUCCAGAACCUUGGCAAGAACCAGUAAACGCAACUACCCAGCCACCUACCACUUUACCUAUUGAGGACGACGCAAUUCCCUCUACUCCAGCUGUUAAUCCAACAACAGAAAGGCGCAAUAACGCUCUGGCCAUAUUACGAUUACUAUGUGAAUCCAAUGUUUUGUCUCCAUAUCUAUUAGAUCUAUUAACGGCUAAAGAUGCUCAAGGAUUAACUCCAUUUAUGUUAGCCAUUACAAUCAGAGCUUAUCCAGCUGCGUUAAUAUUACUUGAUACUAUUCACCGUGUUGUUGCUAAAGUGGUUAUACCUCCUGAAAUGCCAGGUACAUCUGUCAAUGAUCAAGAACACGCUAUUAAAAAUGUAAUGAAUGCAUGGAGAUCUUCUAGCGCCGGAACUAGUCCAAGUUCUACAAACAGUAAAGUCGCCACUGACGUCAGUCAACCCGUGUCCUUAUUUAAAAACUCUUCAGCUAGCAAUCCUGAAACAACUUACCAAUGGUCAUCUCCUGGACUUUCACAACAACAACAACCUAAUGAUUUUUCUAAAGGAUUUUUCACCAUUCCGCCGCCGCCGCCACCACCGCUUCCAUUGACGUCUCUUUAUAAGACACACGUGUGGUACACCGAUAGAUCCAUGUACAUCGAAAACGAUAAGGAAAAGAUAAUCAAAGCUAAAGAAGUCUUAGCUUCAAUGAUAUAUCCAACUGGAUCGAACCCCGAUUACUGUCCAUUACAUGUACUAUGUUGUAACGACACGUGUAGUUUCACCUGGACUGGAGCAGAACAUAUUAAUCAGGAUAUAUUUGAAUGCCGUACAUGUGGGUUGACAGGAUCGUUGUGUUGUUGCACAGAAUGUGCUAGAGUUUGCCAUCGUGGCCACGAUUGCAAAUUGAAAAGAACUUCACCAACUGCAUAUUGUGACUGUUGGGAAAAAUGCCGUUGCAAAGCACUCGUGCAAGGUCAUCAAGUGUCUAGAUUUCAACUUUUAAAUAGAUUAAUAAAUGAAACCGAUCUAGUUACUCACUAUAAUUCAAGAGGAGAAAGCAUUUUGUUGUUCUUGGUACAAACUGUUGGACGGCAGACAAACGAACAACGUCAAUAUAACAGAUCGUCAAGACAGCGAGCUACUUCGCGGAAAACUCCUUCAUCAGAUAUCGAAAUGGAUAUGCCUGAUCAUGAUUUAGAGCCACCACGUUUUAGUCGAAAAGCAUUAGAAAGAUUACUAAAUGAUUGGCCUGCGGUUAAAGCUAUGAUAAUGUCUGGAGUGAAAAACGAUGUCGAAUGCAAACCAGCAGAUCAACAGUAUUUAAAAAAUCAAUCGGGUACUACAUUUUUAGAUAAGUUUAUGCACUGUUUACUUUUCAAAUGCAAUGCCGAAGUAUUGGCCAGCUCAAAUUUGAUGGUCGAUGCUAUAGUUUCAACAAUUGUUAAGGAGCUCCAUAAUCCAAUGUCUAGUUCUGCUGAAGUAAAUUUGAUAGCGAGACGUUUCAUUAGGUCUGUAAUACGAGUGUUUGUUGUUUAUAGCGUUGAACUGGCACCCCAAAAUAACAAACGACGCAUGCUCGGCAAUUUGUCUUCCCCGUUUGCUCGUGCUAGACGGAUAUUCCAAUCAUUAAUGAAACUUUCGGUGGAGGAACUUUGUGAAACCGCCGAAAGCUUAAUUGCACCAGUUCGUCUUGGUGUAGCCAGACCUACCGCUCCAUUUACUUUAUCCAAUUCAAAUCCAGACCAAUCAUCUUACGAAGAAAUAUUUUUUGUUGAACCAAUGGCACCAAACACUAUAAAUGCAUCUGACCAAAUAGAAAAUGCUAGCGAUCGUGGACAAUCUCAAAAUGAUCAACCUCAAAUUGAUAUAGAAUUGGAAGACGAAAUGGCUGAUAAUAAUGACGGCGAUGGAAGUGAUGCAGAAGACGUUAUGGGUAACGGUCUUGACAAUCGCGGCGAUUUAGGACCAAAUAGUAUCCCAGAUUCAAAUCAACAAGGCGCAGUUGAUCCAGAAUCUGAUACAGAAGAUAUGCUAGUUGAAACAGAUUCAGACUCUGAUCAAAGUAACCAAGACGGAGGUGGUCAAAGAAGUGUUCAGACUGGAGCUACUGCUGGAUCAGAUACCGAUGACGAAUCUGGAGAGUCCACUCAACAAGAAGACGGCGAAGAAUCUGAAGCUGGUGAAACAGAUGAACUGGACACAGAAGAAUUUUUAGUGUCGGAAGAUCAGUUAGAAAGAAGAGCCACUACUACAACUCAAGGACAUAGAACUAAUUUAGCUCCUCAGUCGAUGCAAUGGGCUAUCAGAAACCGAGAUCCAGCUACACGAACCGCAACUGGCUUUAGAGUUGCUUCAGGGAAUUCACUAGUAUUCAUUGAUCCAUCAUCGUUGAGACGUUCAGCUGUUGCUGCAGUUAGUAAUAGUGCAAAUAAUUCUGGCAGUGGAAGCAAUAACGCAGCAGCUGCAGCUGCUGCCGCAGUUGCUUCUGCUGCAGCUGGUCUUAACGAUUCAAUCACAAUGGCGACUACCGCUUCAAGUUUAGCUAGAGCGUUUGCUGUAGUUAUUAGACAAAUCGCAGACUUAUUAGUAACAUCUAUUAACGACCCACCAGCUUUGCCAAUACCUGUACGUAUCUCGGCUCAAGAUACAUACAACUUGCAGACAAUAAUUGAAAAAUCUUUGAAACCAACUUGGGAUUGGUUAAUGGCAAUUAUGGAUUCAACCGAAGCUCAACUUAGAUUUGGUGCUUCGCUUACUCAAACAUCUGAUCCACAACAUCCCAGACACCCGUUACAUCCGUCUACUAUUGCCAAUACUCCAUUAUCUCCUCCAGCUUCUUCAGGCAUAGGUACAAGCAAUAGCAAUAAUCCUGCGAUAGAACCUCGUCGUGAGUUUAUAUCUUAUUGUUUGUCACUCAUGCGAGCUCAUAGUAAUGAACAUGGAGAUUCGUUACCCGUGCUUGAUGUUUCGUCUUUGAAACAUGUUGCUUAUGUUCUGGAUGCUCUUGUAUAUUACAUGCGGGCCGAUACAGCUGCUGUUAAUUGUCAAGCGAUAACUCCAUCAAUACUUUCCGAAGUUAUUGAAGCCGAGGGAUGGAAUAUAGACCCGGAUGAAAAUGACAACGAAGAAAAUGAUGAAGAAAUUAACAGUUCUGUGACUAAUAUGAAUCAGUCGUCUAAUCUGAGGUUUGUUGAUUUGGAUUCAGGAGUUAGAGGUCGGCGACAUGCCUUUUUCCAAAGAUCAGAUUCAACGUUAUGUUUGGGAUGUCCUCCACCAGACCCUUUUGAAACGCCUAUGACUCAAGCAAUGCCUCUAGCGGAUCAACCACAAUUAUUACAGCCAAACGCUAGAAAAGAAGACAUGUUCGGUUCUCCAAAAUUAACAGCACCGUUAGAUGGUUCGUCAGAAGGCGGUCUGCCGUCAAGGCUUAGUUUGUCUGGUCGUAGCGAUAAUGGAAGUGAACAAUUGCCUAAAGAACGUGAAAGAAAAAGAUAUGAUACUGAGCCAGAAGAUCUUUCGGUAAGACCAAAAAUAGUUGAGCAGUUAAAUGAAAUUGCUUCUGUGUAUGGUAGUGGCGAUGACUCUGAAAGCUCUCAACCAAUUCCUGAUUCAGCUGAAAUAAAACGAAGUCGAGAUGUAAUUAUAGUUCCGACUACUGCCUAUCCAAUGGACACCGUAUCGCCUGUACUUAAAAGUGUCAUUGUACGUGCUCCUUCAGGCAGUACUCCAUCUACUUCGGGUACAUCACAAGCAAAACCUUCUUCUGAAAUGAACGAAGACAGUCGUAACUCCAAUACCGAAAAUAUAAAACCAAUAUUGAACAAGGGAAGUCGUUUAGGUGAAAGUGUGUCACAUGAUCUGUUGUUGGGUCGUUGGCGGUUAACUUUGGAUUUAUUCGGUCGUGUAUUCAUGGAAGAUGUCGGCUUGGAACCCGGAUCAGUUGUGUCGGAACUCGGAGGUUUUCCUGUUAAAGAAGCUAAAUUUCGUAGGGACAUGGAAAAAUUAAGGAAUCAACAAAACCGAGAUUUAACAUUGUCAAAAUUAGAACGUGAUCGCAGUCAAUUGAUUUUAAUGACUUUCAAAGAAUUGAACAAUCAGUAUAAUUCGUACCAUCGUAGAACAUCUAGUACUCAACCAUGUCUAGCCGUAAAUAGAGUAAAAGUAACAUUCAAGGACGAGCCUGGGGAAGGCUCCGGCGUUGCUAGAUCAUUUUACACUGCAUUGGCUGAAGCUCUUUUAUCAAGUGAAAAAUUACCAAAUCUUGAAUCGGUACAAGUUGGCGGUCGAUAUUCUCAAUACACCGUCCUUCAGCGUCUUAGGAAUCGUGAACGUACAGAGUCCCCACGGAUUAGACAUGCCCCGCUAUCACCUCGAGUACCAUCCAGACGUUCUGAACGCAGCGAUCGUGAACAACGCCGAACGCUGUCAGUGGACGCUCGUUCAUUUGUUCCUAAUUCCGGCACAUCGGAUGUAAAUCCUAAUGCCCACCUUACUCCUCAUCAACAACAACUUGGGGAACGACUUUAUCCCAAGGUUGUUCAAAUUAGACCGAGCUUGGCAAGUAAAAUCACUGGAAUGCUUUUGGAGUUAUCGCCUGCCCAACUGUUAACUUUGUUGGCAUCGGAAGAAACUCUAAGAAUACGUGUAAACGAAGCUAUUUCGUUACUUAUGCAAACUGUUGAGAUUCCAUCACUAGUAGAUAUUCCUCAUCCUCUACCACCGGCUGAUAGUUUACUUGGUAAAGAUGUUGACUUGUUCCUAAGUUUAUCUGAACAACAUGGCUCGAAAACUGCAACGCCCGCAAAAGAAAAUGUAACAGAAGAAAAUACUGCUGAAGAAACGUUAGAUGACAAUAUGCCAUUGUUUUAUUGCCCCGGAAAACAAGGAUUCUAUUCGCCGCGCCAAGGAAAAGCGUCAUAUGAGCGCUUGAAUGCUUUUAGAAACACCGGAAGGUUGAUUGGACUUUGUCUUCUACAAAACGAAUUAUGCCCAAUGUACUUCAAUCGGCACGUUCUCAAAGUGAUUUUGGGUAGAACUAUUAGAUUCCACGACUUGGCGUUCUUCGAUCCUGUUAUGUACGAAAGCCUGAGGCAACUCGUAUUGGACGCAGAGUCUAAAGACAAAGAGUCUUUGUUCUCGGCAUUGGAUUUAAACUUUAGUAUUGAUCUUAGUCAAGAAGAAGGAGGUGGUAGUGUAGAAUUAGUAAAUUGUGGCGUGGACAUUGAAGUAACACCCAACAAUGUUUAUGACUACGUUCGAAGAUACGCUGAGUUUAGGAUGUUUAAAACUCAAGACAAAGCAUUCCUCGCCUUAAGAUCUGGUGUGUUUGAUGUGAUUCCGGAGAGUUCGUUGGAUGGCUUGACUGCAGAAGAUUUACGAUUGUUGUUGAAUGGCGUCGGUGAUAUAAACGUUCCACUAUUGAUCUCUUAUACGAGCUUCAAUGACGAGUCCGGUCUUGCCACCAGCGACAGACAGAUAAAAUUUAAACGUUGGCUUUGGUCCAUAGUCGACAAGAUGACCCCUUCGGAACGUCAAGAUUUGGUUUAUUUCUGGACUGGUUCGCCUGCACUGCCUGCUUCUGAAGAAGGCUUCCAACCGAUGCCCAGUGUCACAAUGCGCCCUGCCGAUGAUUCACAUUUACCGACGGCCAACACUUGCAUAUCCAGAUUGUACAUACCACUUUACAGCAGUCGUUCCAUACUCCGACACAAGCUAUUAAUUGCCAUAAAGACUAAACAUUUUGGAUUUGUUUGAAUUUUUAGUUUGUUAUAUAAAAUUUACACAAAAGAAAAUACUCUAUAAAAAAAAAAAAUUAUAUUUAAAAAAAAUUUUGACCAGUUAAAAGAAUCAUGAUUUAUUGUUUUUAACUUCAAAUUCCAAAUGUAUUUAUUAUUUUCGUGGUUGGUUAUUUUUCGAUAAUAUUUUCCUUUUUUUUUCUGCCCCAGUUAAUAGAUUUAAAAACAAAAUUCCCCUCAUGUUAUGUUGAAGUGACGUUUAAAUUUGAAAAUUGGGUAAAAUUACGAUUGAUCCGAAAAAAUAUUUUAUCGGUCAUUUUAUAUUGUAUGGUGCGACGACACCCAAUGAUAAUAAUAUGUAUUCUACGCUCAUAUUUUCUCGGAAUGAAAAAAAUGUAUGUAAUAUUAUGACUUUGUUAUUUGUUAGUGCUUUAUAUAAACAAUUUAUGCCUUAUGUUUUAUUAAGAACACGUUUUUAUCGGAUUAUUUUUCUCGAAUGUAAUGUAAAAUAAAAAAUAAAUCUUUUAUUCAA